GAGAGUCCUGCAGUAGGAGAAAAAAACCCGUUUAACAUCCAGGAACCUAAAGCAGUGUUGUGUUUGGUAAAGCUGCAAACUGAGCCUUCAUUAAACGUGCCACCGUGGAAAGCAGAAAUGGAGAACUACAGUAAAGCUCGUACGGUGGAGCAGCCGUCGGUCUGUCCGUUCCCCGGUCUUCCCGCCGACACGCCCGAGGUCCGCGUCAAAGAUGGCAGCAAGAUCCGCAACCUGCUGCGUUACGCUCUGAGCCGCAUGGAGGCCAAGCCCCGAGCGGCGGCGGGGGGGGAGGAGGAGGGUCGACCCCCGCCCGAGGAGGGAGGCGUGGCUGAAGAGGGGAACAAGGAAGCUUCGGGCCGGCCGCUCUGCCGCCACGUCGUCUUCACGGCGAGCGGUAAGGGCGUCUCCAAAGCCAUCACAUGCGCGGAGAUCGUGAAGCGGCGCGUCAAAGGUCUCCACCAGGUCACCAAGCUGCUGUACAGCGCGGUGGAGGAGGUGUGGGAGCCGCUGGAGCCCGACGCCGGCCUGGACAGCCUGACCGUCAGCAGGAACCUGCCCACCAUCUGGAUCCUCCUCUGCAGGGAGCCGCUGGACUGCAGCCAGGACGGAUAUCAGGCGCCCGGCCGAUACGACGCCCUGUGGGCUCAGUCUGCCAGCAGGGAGGAGGGGGGGGGAGGGUUCACCGGACAGAAAGCAGGACACAGGAGGAAGAGAGGAGGAGGAGGAGGAGGAGGAAGCAACAGCAGCAGAGGAGGAAAGGGAGCCGGCCGUCAGACGGGACGCUCCAAAGAGCCGAUUAAAGGACAGAGUUGAUCCAGAUCCUAAAACGCUGCAAAGACUGAGACGCUUUAAACUCAGCAGACAGUCUGAACUUUAACUGUCCUACUAAUUAAAUCACUUCAUCAGUUUAUAGUUAGCAGUCAGCUCAACUCUGUUCUCCUAAAAGUUACAUUUAUACUCGUUGUACUGAAUUUUGCCAACAGUCAUCAUUAUCAGAUUUAUUUAAGCAUACAGAGGCGACUGUGUGAUUGGAGCUUGGUGGUUUCAUUCAUUCAUUCAGCAACUAACGAUCAUCUUCUACAUUAAUUAAAAAUAUAGAAAAAUUAAAUGUCAGAUCCUAAAGUCCUCAAAGAGAUUCAGUUUACAGUCACAGAGGAAUAAAAUAUUCACAUUUAAGAAGCUUGAAUUCAUCAGCUCAUUUGAGUGACUUUACAUUUUUUAGUUCCUUUUAUACUGAAAUGAAAUAAAUGUUGAUUUUUUUAAAUAGAGUCACGCUGUUCUAACCCUCUACAUGAUUCCUCCUUUACGUCACACUGAAGUAAUCUGAUUACUGCAGGAAGACGACAGUAAGUGAAUGAUAUCAGUGAGGUGAUUCAUAGUAAAACAUCAAGAUGAUCAUUUCAAUGUUGCUGUGAUUUGGAGAAAAAACCCACCUUUAUCACCAACAGCUUUUUAUUUUAUUUUAACUUUGUUUUUGCUGUUUUGAGGAAGCUUGACUCUGAAAAUGUGAGUGAAAAAUAAUUAAAGAGGUUUUUUUUUUUAAACAAAUGUUUCCUUUCAGCCUUUUUUAAAAAUCACAGUAAAUACAUUUCAUCUGUUAAUUGAUGGACUACACACAUCACAACACACCAUUACAAAAUACACAACGUACAGGACUGCAGAUGGCAGCAGAGAGAUGAAUAUCAGGGUCAGUUAUGUGUUUUAGUGUCCAUGUGGUUUAGUUUAAAUUUAAAGGGUUAAAAUGUGAAAAUAAACGUAUGAAUAACUUCA